ACCAGACUCAUAGAUCAGACUGUCUUAUUUAGUUUUCAUUUUGUUUUAAGAUACCAAAUAUUUAAGCGAUUUAAGGUCGAAUGCUGUUAGUGCGGGGCAGUCGGGCAGUGGUCAGGUGGUCAGGCACUGGUGAUAUUUAGUACUAUCGUCUAUGCUUUUUCUAUGCUGUCCGGUUGGUCCGGCUCUGAUGCUGUCUAGUGUAUCUAGGCUUUUGUGUGAUUCAGUUUUCACGGUUUUCAUUUCAGUUCUUGUAGAAAGCACGGUUCCGAGCGAAGCGUGUAAGCCAAGUAGGAACUGUUUAUUUAUGAAAUCCGCCGACGUUUGUACAAGACGCCCGACCAACGUAUAAUUUAACAAUGAAAGGGCGGCACGUGUCCGUCGCUGUCUUCCUAGCGCUCUGCGUCACCGCAUCUGUGGCAAAGAAGUUCAAAAAUGAGGAAAAGCCCGCGUGGGCUAAAAAAGACAUACGUGAUUACAAUGAAGCCGACUUGGAGAGGCUCUACGAUCAGUGGGAGGAAGAUGAGGAACCGCUCGAACCAGAUGAACUUCCGGAGCACUUGAGACCCUCACCAAAGAUCGACCUGAGCAACCUCGAUCCGUCAAACCCGGAGAAUAUUUUGAAAAUGACUAAGAAGGGGAAAAUGCUGAUGACCUUUGUUUCCGUGACGGGAAACCCAACGAAACAGGAGUUGGAAGACAUAACUACGAUUUGGCAGACGAGUCUCAUGAACAAUCACAUCAGCGUCGACCGGUUCCUGAUCGGCGAGAACCGGGCCAUCUUUUCUUUCAAGGAUGGGUCUCAGGCCUGGGAAGCGAAGGACUUUCUCGUGGAACAGGAGAGGCUUGAAUCCAUAACCAUAGAGAACAAGGUCUACCCAGGAAAGCAUAGCAAGGCCAAGGAUCAGGAGGCAAAGGAUGAGCUAUAGGUACUAUCCAAGUGUACAUGCGACUGUGACUGGCGACCCUGUUAGGAAGGGAUGUUUUUUUGUGUUCACUCUACUACAAAGAAGACAGUACUACAUGACUGCAUAUCAGCAUGUCUUGUCUAAACAUGUCUAAGUGGCCGAAAGGUCAUCUUGUGGUCUAUAUAUAAUUUUUUGGUCUGUUUGAAACAACUUUUUGUUACCUGUUUUUGAUGGGAAUACAAGCAUAGCACAGAAAUCAGUGCAAUAAAUUUCAUUUUUGAAAGAAA